UUAUUAUUACCGCCUCCCUGGGUAUUUGUGCACUUGUCAUUUACCUCUGGAGAUCCAUCCUUGCUGAAGCUGGAAAAUACACACUGUGAACUGAAGGCACAGAAGAGUCAACUGGCAGCUGCUGAGGAAAAUUUGAAACUGGUUACCGAAGAGAUAGACAAGUAUAAACAAGAAAUUGGAGAAAUGCAAGAUCAGCUGCAGAAGGCAGAGCUCAACUUCAAACUCAAGGUCGCAGCUCAUGAGAGAAGUGCUCUAGAUAAUUGGGUUAAGGCUCGGUUUUGGGAGAGGAAGUUAGUGCAGCAGAGCAGGGAGAACACCUACAUGAAACACAGACUGCACAUGAUGAGGAGAGAGACGCCUCCUGAGGGAUCCAUGAGGCAGGAACUGAUGCCGGGAAGAUCCGAGAUAUGGAACCGUGUGCAGAGAGAAUCUAGACCGGUUCCCAGGAUGAACAGCAGCACCAGCCCGAAAAAGGACCCGGAGAUGGCUACGGUCGGUACAGAUGUGAGAGGGUUUCCUCGUGCUCCAAGGCCCCCCCCAUAUGCCCUACCACAUGGGGCGGUGUUUACCAGGCUUCACUGGCUAUGGGCUACCUCAGCCUCCUCCACAUGGGCGGACUGUGGGGCCUCACCCACAGCUCAUUCCUCCACCACAUGGGCUUCAGUCAUAUUCAGAAACCUCUGGCGCUCAAGGGGACAACAGCGGCACCCCGCCCAAGAAGGUCCCACAGAAGGACCAGGUAAAUACUGUGGCUGUUUUUAGUUGUAAUCAUGUCUGGAAUCCUGUUCCUGUCUGGGCAGCACCCUG